UCGGAAUCCGUCACUCUCUCUCUCUAGAUUUUUACAUUUCUCAUUGGGAUUAUGGCAUCUGGAAUGCAAAGAAAGAGUGGCAGAGACGACGACGACGACGAUGAUGAUAGCAGACCCGCUGAUAAUCGCAGUUCCAAGAAAUCAAAGCAAGAAAUGGAUCCGUCCUCUCCUUCUGCUAUAGGAAGCAAUAUUCCAUUGCAGCCAUACACAAACUUCUUCCGCCCUCCCGGUUUUAGCUACGGAGAUAGCUCCGCCAAUCAGUAUUUCAAGACUCAGUUAUGCAACAAAUUCAGCGCACUCGGCGGGUGCAAGUACGGGGACAGAUGCAAGUUUGCUCACGGUCUACAUGACUUACAAUUACAAUACAACACUCAAGUCCCGGGACUGCCAAUGUCCGGAGCCCCUACUACUGUUAAGAUCCCUAUCGACGCUACCUUAGCCAGCCGUGUCAUCGGAGAAGGCGGGUCCCACGCCAAGGAAAUUUACAACAGGACCGGGGUCAAGGUCUCGAUAAUAAAUCAUGAAACCGAUCCCAAACAACGAUAUGUUCAGCUCAGGGGUUAUAACGCGGAUGAGACUAGACAUAUGAUUUGCAAAAAUAUAGUUAGUCUCACAAUAAAGUUAAAAACAAAGCUUUGCGAGAAUUUUUUGAACGGUUCUUGCGCCUUUGGGGACAAGUGCCGUUUUGCACUCGGAGAAUAAGACUUGCGACACUACAAUGUAUAGACAUUUUUUGUGUUUCUUGAAAUAUCCUUAUCUUCUUGUGUAAAAA